AUGAAGGGAUCAAUUAUCGCCGGAGCCCUAUUGGCAGCUCCUUUCGUCGCUGCUCAGCAGGCUCUCUACGCACAGUGUGGUGGUGUUACCUACACUGGUUCCACUACUUGUGUUUCUGGAUCCUACUGCAGCAAGAUCAAUGAUUACUACUACCAAUGUCUUCCUGGUACUGCCUCUAGCACCGCCGCCGGUAGCACCGUUGCCACUGCUACUGCGACUGGUACCGCGACUGGUACCGCAGUUGUCACUAGUGCCACUGCCGUUGUUACUGCCAGUGGAAACCCCUUCGCUGGCAAGACCCAGUGGGCCAACCCCUACUACGCCUCUGAGGUAUCAAGCAUCGCUAUUCCCUCGUUGGUUGCUGCUGGAAAGACUGCCCUGGCCACUAAGGCCGCAUCUGUCGCCAAGGUGCCUUCCUUCACUUGGUUUGAUACCGCAGCCAAGGUCCCUAGCAUGAGGACUUACCUUACUUCCAUCAAGGCUGCCGGUGUUGGCAACUACAUCGUCCCCUUCGUUGUCUACGAUUUGCCUGACCGUGAUUGUGCUGCUCUGGCUUCAAACGGAGAGUACUCCAUCGCCGACGGAGGUGCUGCCAACUACAAGGCCUACAUUGAUGCCAUCCGUGCCAUUAUCCUCGAUUUCCCAGAUAUCCCGCUCGCAUUGAUCAUUGAGCCCGAUUCACUUGCCAACUUGAUUACCAACAUGAGUGUUUCAAAGUGUGCCAACGCCGCAUCAACAUACAAGGAGUUGACCGUCUAUGCCGUCAAGCAACUCGCUCUCCCCAACGUUACUAUGUACCUUGAUGGAGGACACGGAGGAUGGCUCGGAUGGCCCGCUAACCUUGCCCCUGCUGCUGUUAUGUACGCCCAGAUCUACAAAGACGCCGGUUCCCCAAGCCAGCUUCGUGGUCUUGCAACUAACGUUGCCAACUACAAUGGAUGGUCCCUUGCAACAUGCCCGUCAUACACCUCCCCCAACGUUAACUGCGACGAGAAGAAAUACAUUAACGCCAUGGGACCCGCUCUCGCCUCAAACGGAUGGGCCAACGCACACUUCAUCGUCGACCAAGGCCGUUCUGGAAUGCAGCCCACUGGUCAGAUUGCCCAGGGUGAUUGGUGUAACCAGAUCGGAACCGGUUUCGGUAUCCGCCCUGAUACUGCUGUUACUGAUGCCCUUCUUGAUGCCUUCGUCUGGGUUAAGCCCGGCGGUGAGUCUGACGGAACCUCCGACACCAGCGCUGUCCGCUACGACGCUCAUUGCGGUCUCGCUGAUGCUCUUAAGCCCGCUCCUGAGGCCGGUACCUGGUUCCAGGCCUACUUCGAGCAGCUCUUGACCAACGCCAACCCUGCUUUCUAA